AUGUCGCAAAAAAAGAGAAAAGUGUUUUCUAUUGAAGAAAAAUCUCAUGUCAUAUGGAGAUUAGAAAAUGGCGAGUCGAAUAGUGAAAUUGCUAAGGAAUGUGGAGUUUCGCACUCUACGAUAUCAACGAUUUGGAAGAAUAGAGAUAAAAUAAAAGUUCUUUUCGAAAACAACUCUUUAAAACUUAAACGAGCGGGGAAAAGUGAACAUAAAGUUGUAGAUGCUUUAUUAACAUGGUUUAAACAUCAGUGGGCAAACAACGUCCCAAUAAGUGGUCCGAUUCUGCAACAAAAAGCCAAUGACUUUGCUCGUCUUAUGGGUAAGGAAAAUUUUAAGUGUUCGUCGUCUUGGGUACAACGUUUUCGUGCUCGUCAUAAUAUUGUGGCAGGAAAAGUUUGCGGUGAAGCGGCUGGCGUUCCUGAAGGAGUGUCUGAAGAGUGGCUCUCUCAUAAGUGGCCUGCACUGUGCGAAGGAUACACACCAGAGGAAAUCUUUAACGCUGAUGAAACAGGUUUGUUUUACAAUUUAACCCCUGACAAAACACUUAAAUUCAAAGGCGAGGAAUGCAAGGGCGGAAAUUUGUCCAAAACAAGAAUUACAGUAUUGGUUGCUGCAAACAUGACUGGUUCAUGUAAAAGAAAACUUUGGGUGAUAGGAAAAUCUAAAAAAACGCGUUGCUUUAAGAACAUUCAAUCUUUGCCUGUAACUUAUGAAAACAACAGUAGGUCCUGGAUGACAUCGCAAAUUUUUGAAAAAUUGUUGCGUAGCUGGGAUGCAGAAUUGAAGUCUGGAGGAAACAAAAUUCUUCUCCUAGUAGACAACUGUCCCGCUCACCCUAAAGUCUCCAAUCUGAAAUGCAUAAAGCUUGUGUUUUUACCGCCCAAUGUCACCUCUGUUUUACAGCCCAUGGACCAAGGAGUGAUAAAAGCUUUAAAAACACAAUACAGAAAACUUCAAGUGCUCCAAAUGAUACAGAAUAUUGAAAACAGCAAAGAUACUAAAAGUCUUAGUGUUUUGGAUGCAAUCCUAAUGAUAUCGGAAGCUUGGGAAAAGGUCACACAGACCACUAUAGCUAACUGCUUUCGCCAUGCAGGUUUCAAAGAUCUCUCUCCAUCACAAGCGGAGGACGACGAUGAUAUUCCGCUAGCGAGAAUGAUACAAUCUACAGAUGAAGAUGACAACGUACCACUUGCUGAAUUGGUUGCUCAGUUGCAAAGAUCUACUGCUACAGGACAAAGAAUUGAGAUAGAGGAAUUUAUUGGAAUAGAUGACAGUGUCGCUGUGUGCGCCUUAGCUACUGAGGAACAAAUUCUUGCAGAAGCUGAAAGUAACAAUCAUAACACUAACGACGAAAACGAAGACCACCAAGACCCUGAAGAACAGUUUCAGCCAACAACAAUUUCCGAGGCUCUUAACGCUAUAACAGUUUUGCAAAAAUUUAAUGACUUUAAUACUGAUGAUACUCUUACCUUGAGGAGUAUGAAACGUAAAAUGCAAAAAAUAUUUGAGACUGGGCUAAAAAAAACAGACUAA